CCACUGCCUUCUUUGGGACAGAUCUGGUCCUUUUCAUCCACGUGUCACAUGGGUCCUAUAAAUGCUAAUUCUUGGUUAGGGGUUGGGUUUCCAUUACGAGCUCAGCCUCUCAUUCUCAGCGUCUGCACCAAAACGCUGGGGCCAAGUGCUUGGUUGGACCUUGGCAGUGACCGUGAUUGAUACAGAUCCACUUGAGCGGUGCUUAAAUGUCCUCCUCCUCUCUAUUUCAGACACUGAGAAUCGAAUGGAUUUGGAGUGGGAAGAACCGCUGGCUUCCUAACCCACUUACCUGGAGAUCCAGCAAGGCAUCCCACUGCCAGAAACAAGCCCUUUCCCAUCCACAAGACCUACAGAGCAGGGCUUGACAGAAAGCCCGCUAUCUUGUCAAUUAGGAAGACGCUGUACAGAAAGGGUACAUCAUGUAUACGUUCCUACCCGAAAACAUCACCCCCAUCAAACAGAAGCCAUCCAAGGAGCUGAGGCCCAUGAUCGGGACGAUAACCGUAGGGCUCCUGUUGCUCAUUGCGGCGGUGGUGGCGUGGUGCUAUUACACCGCGUCGCUCAGGAAGGCGGAGCAGCUGAAGACGGAGCUGAUGGACUUGAGGAAGGACGGGUUCAUCAUCAAGAACCAGGACGGGGAGGUGGUCUUCAGACUGGCCUUCCAGUCGGGCACCCUCGACCUGGAGUCCUGCUCCAAGGAAGGGGAGAUCUUAACCUGCACCCGGUCAGACAAGGGGAAGCUGAACUUCUUCAUCCAGACUGUCAAGCAAAAGGACACGGUGAUGUGCUACCGUGUGCGCUGGGAGGAGUUCGUGGCAGACACGGCGGUGGAGCACACCAUGUUCUGGGAGGACGCGCACUGGUACGGGGGCUGCGAGAUGAGUGUGCAGCACUGGCCCAUCCGGCUCCCGGGGUACCAGGAGCCCGCGCCCUUCGUGACGAGUGACGUGUACUCCUUCCGGGACAGCUUCGGGGGCAUCCUGGAGCGGUACUGGCUGUCCUCGAAAGCGGCCGCCAUCAAGAUCAACGACUCGGUGCCCUUCCACCUCGGGUUCAACGCCACCGAGCGGUCCCUUUUCUUCCAGGCCCGCUACAAGGAUUCCCCCUACAAGCCUCCCCUGGGGCAGCAGCCUUUCCCAGAGCUGAGCUACAGGGUGUGCGUCGGCUCAGACGUGACCUCCAUUCACAAGUACAUGGUGCGGAGGUAUUUCAACAAGCCGUCCAAGAUCCCGUCGGAAAACGCCUUCCGCUACCCGAUCUGGUCCACCUGGGCCCUCUACAAAAAUGACAUCGACCAGGACAGGUACACCGAAAUGGCCAUCCCCUUCUACGAGCUGGCCGAGGUUCGUGUCGGCUACCAGUCCCAGAACAUAUCGUGCUUCUUCCGCAUCAUCGACCGCGACUCAGUGUGGGGCUAUGAGCUCGGCCUCAAGUCCCUGAUCCCGACCGUGCUCACCAUCAGCAUGCUGGGGUAUCCUUUCAUUUCGGCGGACAUGAUCGGGGGCAACUUUUUCCCGAACAAGACAGAAGGAGCUGUUGAAAUCCCCGACCGGGAGCUGUACAUCCGCUGGCUGGAGCUGUCGGCCUUCAUGCCCUCCAUGCAGUUCUCCAUCCCACCCUGGCUCUACGACAAGGAGGUGAUCGAGAUUGCGCAGAGGUUCAUGGAGCUGCACGAGUCCCUGGUCGCCCCCCUCCUGCUGGAGCUGGCCGGGGAGAUCACGGACACGGGGGACCCCAUCAUACGGCCCAUCUGGUGGAUUUCCCCCAGCGACGAAUCUGCCCACAAAAUUGACUCCCAGUUCCUCAUCGGGGACACGCUCAUGGUGGCCCCCGUGCUGGAGCUGGGCAAACAAGAGCGUGACGUGUACCUCCCUGCCGGGAAAUGGCGCAGUUACAAAGGGGAGCUGUUUGAGAAGACCCCGGUCCUGCUGACAGACUAUCCCGUCGACCUGGAUGAAGUUGCUUAUUUCCUCUGGGUGUCUUAACGGGCUCCCCCAUCGGCUUCCAACUUCGGGAUAACCAUGCCUUACCUUAGGGUUUUGAACCAAUAAUAAUUCUAAUUGCACACUUUAUUUGGAGUGGGGAGGGGAGCGAUGUGGAGAGGAAUGGAGAAAUGAAUUGGACCUGCCUUGAGUAUUUUUUUAAUCAGUGGGACAAGUUCUGAUUUGGGUUGACAGUUUCCUUAAAUAUCUCUUGAUCAAUGCAGAAGGAAAGAUAACCGUGUCCUUCGACACAUGCAGGAAGCGAAGACCUCGGUAGCGGUUCAAGAGGUGACUGUAUCUUAUGGCUGGUUGCGGUGCAGCAGGAAUGUUCCUUGGAUUCACUUGUUCUCCAUUUGGAAAUGUGCAAUGCGCCCAUACACCUCCCUCAUCUAUGGGGGAAAGCCCCGUAGUCUCCGUCUUUCUAAAAGGCUGCAUGCUUCAAGAUGAAGCAGGGAUCCCAUACUGGGGUUUGUCAUCUCUCAGCUCACUGCCCCUGCCCAAAUCCAGGGCAGACGCCAGGAAGUUUGAUGCUCGUGAAGUGCAGCCUUUGGAUUUGGUGCAAGUGCCAUAGAGACAGCCCCGAUCCCAGGGGUAAAGACAACUUUAAAGGGGAAGGGGGAUACAUCGAGCCUGGGAGGAUUGCUACGGCACAGCCAGCCUUAAGUUUUAUAAUGUGGCAAAUGACUUUUUCUUUUUUUAAAGAGGAUAAAGCUAGCUAUAUUUUUUGCUUAGUCCAGUGUUGGACUGGACUGACAAAUGCUCUAUAUAUUCCCCCUUCUCUCGGGUACCAGGCAGGCCCAGGAUACCCGACUUACCUGCAGGUAUUUUAACUGUCCAGACUGCACAUAACGGCAGCCACGUUGUUCCAUCCCAGCCGGUUGCUAGCACCUGCUGUCAGGCUUUUUGCUUGCGUGACUCUGCUGCAAAUGUUGCUCUUCAUAGAGUGAGGACAUUUAUAACGUGUAUCCUAUUUUUGUAAGGAAGCAAAAAGGACUGCGGUGUUAAUGUGCAGGGGUUUGGGAGUGAGGAGGUUUCUUCCCCCCUUUUUUUAAAGAUGUGCUUGUAGCCCAGUUGCUGACAGAGGAAUGGCCUGAUGGCAAACAGUGCAGAGGUGCACGUGCAACUUUGCUAGAGCCUGCUGUGUUUGAGAGAGCAGCAAAGAGCUCCCACCAUCAUUUUUGCUGACAACCAGGCUACCAGCAGGGAUAGAAAAUGGAUGUGUGCCCCAAAGUGCUGUGCCAGUCAUCAGGCAUUUCCUAUAGUUUGCAAGGAAAAGUUCUCACACACAGUAAAAUUAAGCUAAUAUACCAGAAAUGUCUCAGGAAUGAGUUAGGGAAUAUCACACUUGUAUUGAAAAUGCCUGUUCCCUUAUCCCAGAUAUUUCGAAAGAGCCUGACCCUCAAGAGACCCUAAAUGAAGUGGAUCGGUGGAUGGAUGCUGAGUAUUUCUGGAGCCUUCAAAAUGACCUUGUGGAUUCCUUUGAAUAGAAAGGCACUCUUUUUUUAAUAGAAAGCCACUCUUUUAAAAUGAGAUAUUUGACAACCUGCGUCUUAAAUUGAGUUAAAAAAAAAAAAGAAGGAAAAAGCUGUCCUAUGCACCACGCAGAGGCUGUAUCUAGGAAACGGCCUUUCUUUAUUGCCUUGGGUUUCUUUUCUUAAGCUGAGGGUCAGCAGAUUGUGGUGCAUCUUAAAUUCAAGGGGAGGUCUGAUAUUUGAAGGAACAUGGUCGCGGCUGAACCACUCAGCUUUGCAACACCUCCCGCUUACCCCCGAGUGAAAGGCAGAGCCCCGCGGCCCGUCAUCUUGGCGUCCUGCGCACUGGCCGGGCCCACCGGGAUGGGGGCCUGGAGCUGGCCACAGAAGAGAGGAGAUUGGCUUCGGCCACAUGCUCCGUGCAUCUGUCUCAGAUUCAAAUGUGUAAGGAGCACAGAGCAAGGCCUCCACUAGCAAUUUAUUGCAGAAAAAUUUGAACAUUGCCUGCUUCCAUCUGUGUCCGCGAUGGUCCGUUUCAGACUCUGAGAAUAUGCUGAAGCUACACCUCAGAGGUAACCCUCGGUCCAUCUCCUGAUCAACCGAGGCUUGUUGAACGGUUUAUUCCCAUUCAUCUUGGGAGUCGUCGAGAAGAACGAGGCUUGGCCACAGAGUCCUGGCUCAGCUGAAGCUCUGAGAUCCUGGUCACAAGUUUUAGGGUCUCUGUAUAAGGUGCAAAGAGCUACCACUGGAUGUAAAAUAUCUCUUCCCUUCCCUUUUUGUUGACUACAGCUUUGCAUCAUGACUCCCUGGGCGCUAGCCACUGUGGAUGCAUGCCGCGUUUGCAGAGGGCCUGGGCUGCACUGGUGGGGACGCAACUCCUUUUACCAGACUGUGAGUGUGCCUGAAACAACAACGUGACGGUUGUCACCAGUGCAGAAGAGCUGGAGGGCGGGAGGAAGCGGCAGGGUGAAGAGGGAUUUCGGGGUUGGGGAGCACUUCCCGUUUCUUCUGGACAGCUGGAAAGUGCCACCAGGUCAAUAGAAAGGUCAGAAGAGUCAGAUACUGAAGGUCUCACUCUAUACACGACUCCUCCGAGGGGGCUGAAGUCCGAAAGCACAACCCAGCGUCACCAGAUUCCUGAAUGAACCACAAGCUAAAACACCCUGAUAUAAAGACCGACUGAAACUCCAGCUCAGUUUACAGCUGCAUCUCAGUUGUGUGGGUUGGCCAGGAAGUGUGGAUGAGCUAAAAGAUGUGAAGCUGGUGAUGCCAGAUCCUGCUGGCUGUGCCGAAGAGACCUAUACGCUUCUUUGGGCACCGUGGGAAAGAUCCGGGUGACAAACUGACCCGACAACUUGUCACAGGUUGAAUACUUCCGCCUUCCCCUUGGACCUGCCCUUAUCCUUCUCCCCUCGCCCUGGAAAGAAAGAGCUCUGUUACUGAAAGUUUAAAUUCCUGCUCUUCAUUUAACUAAACCUUUUUAUGAAUCAGUACACUUUAUAGAGCCCCUUUAUUUUUCUAAAUGCCAUUGCACUCAUGAGAGUUUAACUCUAGCUGCUAGGAAGUUGCAGAGGAAAUCACUGAAGAUGUGUCAUAGGCCACGAACCAGUGACAUCCGUUAUUUCAGACCCAGGCUUUGGAAAAGCCUCUUAACCCUGGUUGUGUCUAGCCUUGGCAUUGCCACGCAGAAUUCAUUUCACUGGUCGUCUCCUCCAGACACUGCGAACAAUACAGAAAUGGCUCAGCUCCUUAACGGUGCUGAGCAACCCCCUUAGGACGUGAUUGUCGAGCCCAUUGUCUUGAUUUUCACCUCCCUGUUCUGCCCUAGAGCACGUUGGCCCGUUGGAGAUGAUUCCUACCCAACUGCGCGCGGCUGCUGUCAGCGUGGCCUGUGAUGUGAAUUCUGUCGCAGCGUUAAAGAAGGACGAAGAGCUAUCAUUUCUUCUUGGCUGGCAGUGCCCCAAACAGGGUUGAUUUCACUAAACACACACAAAAUCUGCAAAAGAGAUGGAGUGGGGUGGAUUGGAUGUGCCUUUUGCAACACAGGGCUCUAAAGCCAGUGCCCUCGCACCUGGUGCUGCAGAGCCACAGUUGGACGUGACACACGUGUGACUCCCUUCGAAGGCUGUUGGGUCAAUUCAGGGUUGCAAGUCAGACGCUGAUAAGUUUUGUGGUGUUUUUAACCGCUUCUCUAACUCUUAAUUCCUUCCCUACUCCAUUGUGCACGGUUAUCAUUUAUACAGACCUUCAGGAGAACAAAGGGAAGUCUAACAAUGCCUGUCCAUCUGCCACAACGCAGUGGGAAGAGUCUCGUGAGCGGUGACUACCUAGGUUUUCGGCCUUGUCUGUGUAACGGGCAGUCCUGGCCACUGUCAGACGGCCGGUGUGUUUGUGUGCACACUCAGGGCUUCUGUCCGCAACAUGCAGCCUCCGUGCCCCAGCGUGGGAGGAGGAUCACGGCAGCCGGCAGAAGCGCGGGAGUCUGCGUGUGCCUUCUGCUGUCUGCUGGGCUUUCGCCGAAGCUUCCUCCCUUAGGCAGAGGCAGAGUUUUGCAUGGCGGUGUUGAGUGUGGACACUCUCCGUCUUAGUAGCCAGUCUUGUGCUAGAUCGGGCCGGAGGUGACUUUUACACCAAGAUUUCCAGUCCAAGUCCUUCAGGCCCUUUUAGCUACUGUCUGUGGAACAUGCACAGCAGCUUCAUAGAGAAACUAGUUGUUUUCUCCCCCACUUUUAUUCUUUCAAGUAUUAGGAGACUGAGCCUAAUGGCCCAUCCCGCAGUACAGAGCACUGGGGGUGGGAAUCUCCCUACGUUUGAACAGAAAAGACCCGUGUUCAGGAGCGGCAUGUGGAAGGUCGCUCUCUCUCCUGGGGUCAGGGCGCACUCCCUUUGCUAUCACAGGCACUGCAAGGGAGAUGGGCACUGCCCCUAGCUCCCUUGUCGUGAAUAUUGGGUAGCUCCCCAGUGGAGUCCAAGUGAUGCAAACAGGUCUAAUGUGCUCAUGAGUGCCCGGGUCACUCUCCCUUUCAGCCUCUGCUCUCUGGAGAUGGGCAUGAGGGACAUGGCUCGGACCCAGUGCAUGGCAGAUAAACUUUUAUAGUGUUGCCCAGAGAAUGCUCCACAGCCCAGAUCCGAAAGGGGUAUAGGCAUGGAUAUGGUUCCUGUGGUUAACUAAGCAUGGCCAUGUUUCUGCAUUGCCAUAAUGCUGGGACAGUCCAGAAAAAUCACCCCAAACUCCCGCUGAUUUACACCCCAAGGGAAGGUUUGCUUGACCAGGGCAAGCGCCACAGGCAGACUGGCUGCUGGGAAAAGAGCAUCAGUAUUUGUGGUUACAGGGACAGAUGGCUCAGCGGUGCCAGCAACAUGUGCACGUCUGCUGGCAGGCUGGCUGCCGAAUAGGGGUAUUAACAGGCAGAGCAGACCAUAAGGGAAGGACCUGCACAGAGCCCUGUACUUCCAGAGCCCAAUUUUCCUCACCCCUCCAUCCUGAGACUGCCUUGUUCCAGAUGGAUGUUGCUAACUCUAACCAAAUCUGGAGGGAAACCUUGGCUUUUUGUUUAAAGUUGAUUUUUUUUAUUUUUUUUUUUAUUUUUAUUUUUUUUUUUAGUAUCGAUGGGGUCAUACAAUCAACGCUGUAUCAUGCUUCAAACCGCUCUGUUUGGAAUAAAAGACACUUUCACA